AUGGUUAAGGUCUCGCCAGAAUCCCAGGCUCUCGGCACAGUAUCAGGCAGCAGCAGCCACCAUUCAGAGGCCCUCCUGAUGGAUUUGACGGCGUUAGAGCAGUGUCUCGUUACCCGGUCGUCCACUAGGGCCGUGCUUAUCGGGCGUGGCAACUGGGAUAUAAAGAGCACUGCUCCAGCAGGACGGCCAGGCGCAGUGUUCAGCAGCUAUAUUGAUCGAUUGCAGGUGUUACUGAUGGUGGAGGUCUACAAGUACUCGGAGAAACAAGUGUUGGCUCGCAAAGUAGGCGAGUUUAUCGUGGAAUGCCAGGAGCGCGCCCUUGCGGCCGACGGCAACAGCACCUUCACCGUUGCGAUCAGCGGAGGCUCGCUCGUGAACGUUCUGAGAGCGAGCCUGGUCGACGACGACGAGCUGUCCGCCAAGGUGAAGUGGUCCAAGUGGCAGAUCUACUUCUGCGACGAGAGACUGGUGCCGCUCGACGACCCCCAGAGCAACUACGGAGCGUUCAAGACAGCGGUGCUGGACCCGCUCUCGCACCACGGCGACCAUCUGAACCUCGGGCCCACCGUCUACGCCAUCAACGAGGCGCUGGUCCAGCAGGGCUCGCACCAGAACGAGAAGAUCGCGGAGGAGUACGCGUCGCUGCUGCCGGCCGCGGGCUUCGACCUGCUGCUGCUCGGCUGCGGCCCCGACGGCCACACCUGCUCGCUGUUCCCGGGCGACGCCCACAGGUACCUGCUCGAAGAGACCUCCAAGACCGUCGCGUGGUGCCGCGACUCGCCCAAGCCACCCAGCGACAGGAUCACCUUCACGCUGCCCGUGAUCGCACGCUCCCGCAACAUCGCCUUCGUCGCAGAGGGCAGCUCCAAGCAGCAGAUCAUGCACAAGAUUUUCGACGACCGCAACGUCUCGCUCCCCACCGCGCUCAUCAACGCCUCCUACGGCGAGAAGGUGCGCUGGUACGUCGACGACGACGCCUUCGCCCGUGUCGCCGACAGCUCAGUGCUCGCCAAUCGCUAG